AAUGCUUCUUUUAUAUUUGUGUUGUGUAAAAAAAUUUUAUUGUUUAAUGUGUAAUUUUCCCAGAAAAAUUUAGAAAAUAUUUCCUAAAUUAUUUGUUUACAUAAGACGAUGGCCAACAAUUCCAAUGUAAGGAAGGUGAUGCAAGUGUCCGAGGAGGCGGCACCCGCUGUGCAUAUUCCCGUAAUGGUGGGCAAUGAGAUCUUCGUGCUCACCCAACAGGAUGUACGUCGCGUGGAGGACAUCCGCAUGCUUACCUACAGUCGGCUGGGAUCCAACGGACAGCUCUGUCCCCUGGACUCGACUCCUCCAGCGCCCGUGGCUUUCUCACUGCCCACCCCGACGAAUCUCUGUACUCUGGAGGAUCUUAUUGCACAAACCACGCGGAAGAAAGUGAACUUUCAGAUGGACGUCAACCAUGAUGCGGGUGCAAGGAACUCUUUGAACACAGCCAAUUCUCCUUGCCCCUUCCUGCAGCCCGUGUCUUCCCAAACAAGGACAGUUGCCAGCGUGUCCACUCAAUUGGGUUGGUCCAAGAACAAGGCAGGAUUGGACCCCGUUUUUCCACUUUGCUACAGUGCGGCCACCUCGACAAGUGGCCUGAUGACGAACACCGGCUGCCAGCACUGUCCCAGGACCCAGACGCACCACUCGAGCUGCCAAACACAGAACUAUACUAGUGCAACUCCUGCUGUAAAAGAAGAGACGCCUCCGAAUGCGAGUUGCCAAACUCAAACAACUCCCAAUGUGCAGAAGAAACCACCUCAGGACUCGGCUUGCCCAACUCAGAACUAUCGUAGUUCGAAUCCCAUAGUGAAGAAGGAGACGCCGCAGAACGCGGCUUGCCAGACCCAGAGAUCUUCCAGUCCAAAUCCCGUUCUGAAAAAGGAGGCACAGAACUCGGCUUGCCAGACGCAGGCGAAGACUUUCUCCACAGGCUGCAAUACCUCAUUCAGUCACUUGAGUAUGAAGUCCUCCGCCGAGUCAUAUACUUCGGAUGAAUGCCCAUAUACGACGUCGGAGGAGAGCCAGCAACACUGUGGGCACUGCAAGUCCCAACAGACCUGCGUGGAACAUGAUAUGAUGGCGCAAGUACGACCUCAGGAGCAGCCUCGCACAUCGCGACAAAUUCACUUUGAUUUCGGUCCACAAGAUCGAAAUAGCCACUGCUUUGAAAGGAAUUCGAGUACUCUGCCAUUGGACAGGCUUGCGGAUUGUUAUAGGUCAACUCCACUGAGUAGAACUCUCUAUCCACGAACCCUCAGCAAAUCUCCAGUUUCUACAGCAGUAAGGCAACCAACAGGGCACAUCGAGCGCAAUUCGGACUUCGAUGAACUAUGAAUGGAAUGCAGGUACAAGAAUCCACAUCAGAGACCUUGUACUUUUCCUAAACACUUUUACAUUUCUACUUUCUUAAUAUGAUAUUUUCGGAGCUCAUAAAACAUAUAUUCCUCAACAUCUA